AUGUUAGACACGCCUCCUAUCAGUCCAAAGAAAUCGUCCAGCUCUCCUAAGCAUGAUGCUGGUUCUGGCACUGUCACCACAGACCCUACCUUGAAUCCUUCCAGUCCUUAUUUUAUUCACCCAAGUGAGGGUCCUUCUUCUGUCUCCAUUACGCCGAUUCUUGACGGGACCAACUACCAUUCCUGGUCCAAAGCUUUUCGUAUGGCUCUUAUUUCUAAGAAUGAAAUGGCUUUCCUAUUAGGUACUCUCCCUGUUCCUCUUGUUGCUGACCCACUUCACUCUGCUUGGGAGAGAUGCAACACUUUCAUUAUGUCCUGGAUCCUCAACUCUAUUUCUCCUUCCAUUGCUCAAAGUGUGAUAUUUCUUGAGUGUGCCGUCGACAUUUGGGACGACCUUCGUGAACGUUUUUCACAAGGUGAUCUUCUUCGUAUUGCAGAGCUCCAGGAUGAAAUUUACGGCAUGUCUCAAAACAAUCGCACCGUCUCUGAGUUUUAUACUGCGCUGAAAACCAUGUGGGAGGAGCUUGACAACUAUCUUCCCUUUCCGGUCUGUACCUGCGACGCUAAGAAAUACCAUCAGCAGGACUUCAUCAUUCGCUUCUUGAAAGGGCUUGAUGAUCGUUUUUCCGUUGUCCGCUCGCAGAUUCUUCUCAUGGAUCCCCUUCCGACCAUCAACCGUGUCUUCUCGAUGGUGGUUCAGCAGGAACGACAACUUCGCGUUCCUUCCUCUGCUUCACCAGAGCCUAACUCCUUCGUGAAUGCUGCUGUCAAUUCAUUCCAAGGCAAGGGUCGUGGCGGUUAUGGCUCUACCUCAACCAUUAAAGGCGUUGUCUCCUCCAAGAAGUGUGCGUACUGUCAUCGCGCCGGGCAUACAGUCGAUGUUUGCUGGGGAAAGCAUGGCUACCCACCGGGACAUCCACGCUACCCCGGACGCCCUCGUUUCAACAACCGUGACUCCUCUUCUUCCGCAAACAGCGUUGCCAUCGAUGAAGUGGUGGAAGGUGGUUGCUCUGACUUUGGCACCUCCUAUUCCAACCCUAUCAAUUUAACCCAGGCCCAAUAUCAAUCUCUCAUGGCACUCAUUCAACCUAUGCAACUGAAAUCAACUUCUGAUAGCACUGGGCCUCAUUCUCCACACCAGGCCAACCUUCUCCAUGCCAUCCCAAAUGGCCCAAAACGUGUCUCUGAGUCUAAUGGAAAGGAGUAUGUUACGGAUGAUUGGUUUGGCUAA